UGUGUAAAGUAUGAUGAAAAAAAAAAGGCAUGGAUGGGACAUUGGGACGCGGAAGAGCGGAAAAGUCAAGGACGUACAGCAAGAUGGCGGCCGCUGCAUGCUGCAUUAGACUAAGAUGACCCACUGUGACCGGGGUAGAAUAUUAUGCCGGUUCGUUUCACCGUACUGCGUCUUAUUGGUACAGAACGCGUUAGAAUCUGCUGGUAGCCUUUAGAAGCGAUUAUGGAUGGAUCGGGGGAGAAAGCAGGUACCAUCAGAGUUGGUACCAGGAAGAGCCAGCUGGCUCGCAUCCAGACAGACAGCGUGGUAGAAAUGCUGAAAAAGAAGUUUCCUGAUGCCAACUUUGAUAUUGUUGCCAUGUCCACAACAGGAGACAAAAUUCUAGACACUGCUCUAUCUAAGAUAGGAGAGAAGAGUCUAUUUACAAAGGAGUUGGAGAAUGCUCUGGAGCGAAACGAGGUUGAUCUUGUGGUUCAUUCACUGAAGGACUUGCCAACCACUCUACCACCUGGUUUCACAGUUGGAGCUGUGUGCAAACGCGAAGACCCGCACGAUGCAGUGGUUUUCCAUCCUAAAAAUGUUGGGAAUACGUUAAACAGUUUGCCUGAAAAUAGCGUUAUUGGAACAAGUUCCCUUCGUAGAGCAGCCCAGCUAAAGAAAAGUUACCCUCAUUUACAGUUCAAAGAUAUUCGGGGUAACUUAAAUACUCGUUUGAAAAAGCUGGAUGAAAAAGACGAUUUUAAUGCCAUAAUUCUUGCUGCCGCUGGACUGCACCGCAUGGACUGGGAGAAACGAAUUGGGCAGAUCCUGUCACCCGAGGAGUGUCUGUAUGCUGUGGGUCAAGGGGCACUAGCAGUGGAGGUUAGGGCCAAAGACCAGGACAUCUUGAACAUGGUGGGCGCUUUACAGGACCCAGAGACUGUGUUACGCUGCAUAGCUGAGAGGGCAUUCAUGAGAAAACUGGAGGGGGGCUGCAGUGUACCUGUAGCCGUGAGUACAACGAUCAAGGAUUCUCAGCUGUACCUUACUGGAGCGGUUUACAGCCUUGAUGGGUCAGACUGCCUGAAGGAGACGAUGCAGAGCUGUAUAGUGUUUCCGAAUGAGGAAGUGGAAGGACCAAAUGAUGAUUGCCAGCAUGUGGGUAUCACAGCACUUGGCGUACCUCAUAAAAGUCUGGCGUCUGCAGAAUCUUUGGGAACCGAACUUGCAGAUCUGUUACUGAGCAGAGGAGCCAAAGAGAUUCUAACUGUGGCAAGACAACUAAAUGAUGCCAGAUAAUAGCAGCACAGAGGAAGAGCCAAUUCGGAUAGGACAAACGCCUGUUCAUUUUCGGUUCCACAUAGAUGACGUCUGUGUUGUGGUAUAUUUCUAUUCUCCAUGCAGCACUGCUUGCAGAGUCUACUAAGGUGUUGGGACUGGGCUGGGAGGCCUACUUUGGAUCUAGAAUGAUGGUCCCAUUCCUUUUAGUAAUCUCCUGGCUGUGAUGCUUGCUCAGUAGUAAAUAGUAAAGUACAGCUGAGGGCAGACAUUAGGGCGUAGACACCCCCCUACAAUUGCCAGUGUGUUUACAAUUAAUAGUAUAACCUUUGACAAAUGAAAUGUAGUGCAUUUAUUUUGCACAAAAAGUAAUGUUUUUAAAUCAUUAGUAUCAGAUUUUAUAAAGGACUUCUAUAUGGGAGAUAUUCAAUUAGCUACGGAAAUUGUUCAAGAAAAAAAAGGGAAAUAGGGAGCAAAUAAAUAUUUAACAAAUUGUUAAUUUUGUAAAAAAAAAAAAUUUCUUCCUAUUUAAUUUUUUUUUUUCCGCUGAAAAUAAAUUCUGUUUUUGUCGAAAACGUAUAGGAUCCAUGAUAAGUUUCCGGAUCUAUGUAUUUUCAAAAAAACGGGGCUGAUAGGGCUGGUUAUCGGGGAUUUUAGCUGUGGUAAAUUAUCGUGACUAAUUGAAUAUCACCAUGUAUGUGGCUUGGUAAUGUGUUACAGUUAUAGUGACCAUUUAUUAUGAGAGAUCACAAUUAAGCUGCUAUAAUGUUUAUGCUGCAGGAAGAAUGUAUUUAUGCUGGUUCAGGGAGUUAUGGGCUACGAAACCAAUAAGUCGCACAUUAUUUUUCUAUGUUCCCAUGAAUGUCCUAUAUUUUUUUUUUUUUUUUUUUGCUAUGCCUGUUUUAGGGGGUUUAUGUGCGCACACAUAUCCGAUCCCACUGGUGGGUGAAUAAAAUGCACAACUAUUGUUUUCCUAAAGUCAGUAUAUUAGAAUCCUGAUUAAAAACAUUAUUGUCUUGCCUUAAUUAUGUUUCAAUAAAACAAUUUAAUUGCUAGACCUGAAA